AUGAGCGAACCUAUAAAUAAACCAGAAGACGAAGAGAUGGACGUAGAGUUCAAUGAUAAUGAUGAUCAGAUUGUCCCAGAUGAAUCAUCAGAACAAACACAGAAACAGGACGACCAACAAGCUCAUAAUCAAACAAAUGAGAGAGAGACUAAUACUGCUGCUAGUGAAAGGCCUCAAAAUGAUACUGCUUCAUCAACUAAUAAUCCUGCUGGCGCAGCUAACGGUACACUGCCAGCUUCAGUAAUACCUGAGUUACCAGAUCUUACACGUAAAGAUAAAACGCUAAAGGAGGUGCUCGAUUUGAUGGAUGGUGACUUUGCACCAAUCAUUCCAGAUGCAGUAACUGAUUACUAUUUGGCUAAGAAUGGGUUCGAGACAUCAGAUAUAAAAAUCAAAAGAUUGCUAGCUCUUGCUACCCAGAAGUUUAUUAGUGAUAUUGCACAGGAUGCAUACGAAUACAGUAGAAUUAGAAGUGCAAGUGCUGUGUAUAAUUCAUCCAAUCCUCAGGUUCGUGCAAAAUUAUUACUACAGGGUCAACAAUAUGCCAAUCAACAGUCACUAAGUGGCAAUUCGAAUAAUGCUGGAGAAGGUGACCAACAACAAUCACAGCAAUCACAUUCGAACGCAGGUAACCUGCAAGGAAAGAUAGUAUUGACAAUGGAAGAUUUGAGUAAUGCCUUGUCUGAGUAUGGAAUGAACACUUCCAGACCAGAUUUUUACAGGUGA